AUGUAUGGACUGCGUCAUUUUGAAGGCCAGAACUUGUAUGGAUCACAUCCUUUCUACUUGGUCGUUGAGCAAGGUGGUCUAAGUCACGGUGUGUUUUUACACAACAGCAACUUCAUGGAGGCCCUACUGCAGCCGACUCCGGCGGUCACAUUCCGUGCUCUCGGCGGUGUGUUCGACUUCUUCGUGUUCGUGGGCCCCACGCCUUCAAAAGUGGUGCAGCAGUACCAACGUGUGGUGGGCUUCCCCGCCAUGCCCCCAUACUGGAGUCUCGGCUUCCACCUCUGCCGCUACGGUUACGAAAGCCUUAACAACACGCGAGCCGUCAUGCAGAACAACAUACUCGACGGCAUACCCUUGGAUGCCCAAUGGAAUGACAUCGACUCAAUGGAGAGACGGAACGGCUUCACAUACGACACGGAAGCAUUCGCCGGGCUGCCGGAGUUUGUGAGAGAAGUUCAUGCUGGAGGCAGGCGCUAUAUCCUCAUCUUCGACCCAGCGGUGAGCGGCGCAGAAGUUCCCGGAACGUACCCGCCGUUCGACGAUGGAGUCCAAAUGGACAUCUUCGUCAAAAACAGCGCAGGUGACAUAAAAUAUGGAAAGGUCUGGAACGAAGACAGCAGCGUGUUUCCGGAUUUCUCGCAUCCACUGGCCGGGAAGUACUGGACCAAGCAGUUCCGAAGCUUUCAUGAGGCUAUUCCAUUCGAUGGAGCGUGGAUCGACAUGAAUGAGCCGGCGAACUUCGAGAACUUCCACGAGGGUGGCACCGGGUGCCCGUCAGAAGAGGUGACGAACCCUCCACCCUACGUGCCCGGUGGCGAGGAGCUGUCCACGAAGACUCUCUGCAUGAGUGACCAACAUCAUCUGUCGAAACACUACGACUUGCAUAACGUCUAUGCGCAUCUCGAGGCGAUCCUUACGUACAGAGCCUUGGUCGACAUCCGAGGAAAGCGGCCUUUCAUAAUAUCCCGCUCCACGAGCCCCGGUCAGGGGGCAUGGUCGGGCCAGUGGUCGGGCGACACCUCCUCGAGCUGGCACGAUUUGAGGCGCAGCGUGCCGAGCAUGCUCAGUUUCAGCUUGUACGGCAUCCCGAUGACUGGCUCCGACAUCUGCGGUUUCUUCGAAGACGCGACCGAGGAGAUGUGCGCGCGUUGGUUCGAGCUGGGCGCCUUCUACCCGUUCUCCAGAAGCCACAACAUGAACGGAAGUAGGGAUCAGGACCCACACAGCAUGGGACCCACGGUCGUCGAAGUCGCUAAGCAUGCGCUACAGUUACGCUACACUCUUCUCCCCUACCUGUACACGCUGUUCCACAGGAGUCACGUCUACGGGGAAACAGUCGCCAGGCCGCUGUUCUUCGAGUUUCCUGAAGACCCUAACACGUACGACAUUGACGAGCAGUUCUUGUGGGGAUCCAGCCUAUUGUUCAACCCCGUCCUGUACGAGAAUCGGAGCAGUGUACGGACGUACAUACCCAAAGGGGUGUGGUAUGACUUGAACGCCAACGGAAAAGUCUACAGUGAAGCGAAUGGCGGUUUCCACCUCCUUGAGGCACCCUUGAGGACCAUGCAAGUACUGGUUAGAGGCGGAUCCAUAAUACCCUGUCAACUUCCGGCUGCCACAACGGAAAUCAGUCGAAGAAACCCGCUGUCACUUGUAGUUGCCCCAGACGAGAGAGGAAUGGCUCGAGGUGAACUGUUUUGGGAUGACGGAGACUCCAUAGACACCGUCCAACGGGAGCAGUACAAUACCUACACCUUCAUGCUCAUAGAUAGAAGCCAACUUGUGGUGAGCGCAGUCCACCAUGGCUACGCCGAUGGUUUGCAUCUGGGAACCGUGGCCGUGUUCGGGGUCCGGGAGAAACCCAAGUUUGUCUCACUGAAAGGCCGGAGCCUGGAAUUCCGCUACGACCGCCACACGAGGGUGCUGACCAUCUUAGACGUCUGGGAGCCCCUUGCCGAAGCAUUCGUCAUUUUUUGGUCAACUUGAGCAACCUUGGCUUCGUGAUAAUAAAAAAGCAGAACUGCA